AUGGGUAACAGAAAUAAACCCAAAGUCAAGGCCAACGAGGGUCAACAUAGUGGUAAACAAUCGUGGAUCACACAUGCAACACCUACUUCGAAAAAAGGACCAAUUUGGAAGCAAGCCCCAAAGAAAUUCGUCCCUGAAGUUCAUAAUGAAACAAAUAUAUGGAUCUGGCCUUCUCUGGAUCAGCAAAAAGCACAAACUGCUGGUAAAUCUGCAAAGACUGCCAAGAAAAAGCCUGCAGAGGAAAAUGAUAACUCCACUGCGACUACAUUUGUUCCAGGUUCCACUUCAAACAAAUUCGUUUUGAGGUAUUACACCAAUAAUUCGGUACCUGCUAAAGGAUCCAUUUGGGAACAUCCUCCUCUUCCUGGCACUGCCAAAUUCCAGCCUUCUUCUGAUCUUGACCCAACAGCAUGGUCUACUAUACCCGAAAAUGCAAAAUGGUCUACACUCCCUGCAUAUGCCAUCAAUCCUGCACUCAAAUCAGUUGAAGUUCCGUGGUGCACCAAAAAGAGAGCAAUUGCAAUUCUCACUCAGGCGGCUCCUUCAAGUCCAGAUGUUGCAGUUUCUGCUGAUGUGACAAGUCCACCAGCUACUAAGAGUCCUUGGGCUACAGUCCCAACUACCAUUGCAUUUCCUACUCCUCCCAAACAGGAAAAUCCGAAUAACGUUGUUGCAAAUCUUGACUGGGGUGUUCAACCUGCGGUAGUUGCUGAGAAAGAUACUAUUGCAGCAAAUGCUUGGGACGAUGUACCAGAAGUCACAGAACCGGUAGAACCUUUUCCCAAUUUGGUUAACUGGCCUUUCACGGGCGAAAAAGAUAGAUUCAAGAAGUUGGCUUCAGUGGGACCAUUUGUUUUUAACUGGAGGGAAAAUGUGUUCAAGCAUCCCAAACAUAAUCAAGAGCAAAGUACAUUAAUCAAAGUACUUCAAAUAGAAGGUAUCGAUGCCAUUCUUCUCAAAUAUAUUUGGGAGAACCAUAGCAAUGCUUCUGCUCUUUCCAGAACUAGUCAGAGAACAUGGGAAGUUUUGAUGGCUAUUACUGGUAUCUGGGAUAUGACUGGAGGUUGUUUCGAAGGCUGCGAUGCGCCGAGAGAGGAGAAUGACUUCGAUGCUAGAGCAGCUUCAGUUGUGGUCGUCACACCUACUAGGGAUACGGAACCUAUCAAUUAUGUUAGUCAAAUCGAGAACUUGAAUAACAUGUGUAUGGCUAUGCACAACUUCAGCGAAUUCCUCCAAAACAUCCAACUACAUCACGUUCCCUUCCUCACCACCCACAUUCUCGCCUUAGUCAUUCCCGAAAUACGCAAGCUCAAAACCCUCGGUGUCUACAACUGUGAAUUGAUUCAUCUCGGUGAUGGUAUCGAACUCCUCAGCAUCAUCACACGGGAUCGUCUUCGAGGUUGCGAACACCAAGUCGAUUUAGAUUUCUAUCCAGCAUACCACGUUGGUCCUUACCCCUUUCAUCAAGCUGGUGAUCAGAAAGGAGAGAGAAGAUUAGGGGGAGAGUAUUCAUAUGGUGUUACUUGGGAUGAUCCUGGUAUGCAUGUUGCUGAUAUCCGAAUUGCCAUCUGGCAGGAAGUUCAUAGUCUUCUUCGUCAGUCGAGAGCUCAGGGUAUUAAUUUUGUUUCUAAACAUACGAUGUUUAGACAAUGGUUGGAUAAGUCACCUUGUAUGCUGGUAGAGGAAACUCUCAAGAUUCUUAUGGAUGAUGACGUAACAGUCGAUCAUAUUAUUGCUCAUGUUGCAUAUCAAGAUUUUGGUGGCAAGGUUGAGAAAUAUCACGAGGCUUUAAAAGGAAAAGGCAUUGCAAAUAAAACCGAGGGUGUGAAAUGGAUGGCAGAAGGCUUUGUAUGUUGUCAAUGCGGACAUCUCCUCCCCGGAGUCUGGUUCUCCUACCAAAUGAUCCGACAAUACAAACUCGAUCCCGUCGACCAACCCAUCUGUCAAGCCUGCAAAUUAUUUCAAUACUUAAACCAGGAAAACGACCACUACAAAUUAGAAAAGUUCAGCAUCAUCAAAGCAUGGUGCUGGGAGCCCCUCCUUCCUAGUGUUCCCGGAGGUCCAGUCCAAGGAGAAUGGAAUACCAAUGAUAUAGGCAAAUUUCUCCGCACCUUCAAGAGUGUACCUGAAGGUUGCCGGAUCAGACGACUGGCGCGAAUACUACAGAAGAAGAGAGAGCUCGAUGAGAGUCGUCAAAUUUUUCAUGAAAUCGAUGAAGUGCAACGCCCAAUUAGCAAUCAGGCUUUGGGCAGAAGAGGCGCGUAUGGAAUUCGUGCGGCGACGGUCCAGGAUAAAUUGUGGAUUGAAAGUGGAAGAAAACAUAGUGAAUGGGAUUCUUUCCGGGAAGAUCGAAUUAAUGGUCAUGGUGUACCGGCUACCUUUAGGGGACAUUGGUAG